GCCCGACCUGCCAGCACCACCUGCCUCCCCAGCAGAGCGGCUAGACGCGGGCUGCCGCCAGGGCCACCUCUGUCCCUGCCGCAGGCCCUGGCAUGUGGCCAUCCCAGUGACGGCCAGGGGCCCCCGGGCAAGGGCUGACCCAGGCGUCUGAGGAGCAGCUGCCUCCCCUCGGGCCAGGUGCGUGCCCUGGAUGGAGCUUGGGACCCACACCCCUCAUGUCUGUCCUGCUGACGCUGUGCGCCGUGCUCCUGCCCCUGGUGACUCCAGGCCGAGGUGGCCGGCGAUGGGAGCCCUGCACAGAUCUGCGCCCCCUGGACAUCCUGGCAGAGGCGGUCCCUCCGAAUGGCGCUGAGAGCGGCAUCAGCGUGACACGGGUUCAAGGGGCGCUGGGACUCCAGCUCUCCAGCCCCCACGCCAUGAGCUUCCCCGCUUCGAGGAUUUUCGUCAGAUGUGACCUCUUCCCUGAAGAAUUUUCCAUCGUUGUAACCUUGAAAGCUCCCCCUCUCCCCCCGAAGAAGAAUGAGUACCUGUUCACGGUGGUGGCCGAGGGGCCGGACGCACUGCUGCUGGGCCUGCGGUACUCACCCACCCGGCUGCACUUCCUCUUCCUCAGCCAGGACGCGGCGGGCGCCUGGCAGACCCGAGUGUCCUUCCACAGCCCCGCCCUGAUGGACAGCCAGUGGCACACGCUGGUCUUGGCUGUGUCUGAAGACUCCUUCUCCCUCACCACGGACUGCGGCGUCCCCGUGGACAUAACUGCCGACGUGCCCUUCCCAGCCGCCCUAUCGGUGCAAGGAGCCCGGUUCUUCAUCGGCAGCCGGAGGCGGACCAAAGGCCUGUUCACGAGUGGAGAUGGGGGAGCCUUGUUCCCUGUGUGUCCUUGUCUAGAACCAUGCCUGAUGUACAGCAGGAAUGCGGAGCUCGUGCUGUCCAUCCCCCCAAUCCUGCAGGGUCUCACGGGGAAGCCGGAGGAUAAUGAGGUGCUAAAAUAUCCCUAUGAAACCGACAUGAAGGUGACGCUGGGAUCCCGGCCUCCGUGCACCAAAGUGGAGGAUGCCCAGUUCUGGUUUGACGCCGGGCAGAGGGGGCUGUACCUGUGCGUGGGCAGCGAGUGGGUCUCCGUGCUGGCAGCCAAAGAGAGGCUGGACUACGUGGAGGAGCACCAGCGCCUCUUCACGCACUCGGAGACACUGGGCAUCGAGGUCUUUGUCAUCCCCGAGGCCGGGCUCUUCAUAGCAACCGCCAACCGGAAGGCCACGUCCGCCAUCUACAAGUGGACCGACGGGAAGUUCGCCUCGUACCAGAGUAUCCGCACACACCAAGCGCAGUCCUGGAGGCACUUCACCAUCGGGAAAAAGAUCUUCCUGGCUGUGGCCAACUUUGACCCCAACGAAAAGGGCCAGGAGUUCUCCGUCAUCUACAAAUGGAGCCCGAGAAAGCUGCGGUUCACGCCCUACCAGAGGGUGGCCACGCACAGCGCCCGGGACUGGGAGGCCUUCGAGGUGGCUGGGGAGCACUUCCUGGCCGUGGCCAACCACAGGGAAGGAGACAACCACAACAUCGACAGCGUCAUCUACAAGUGGAACCCGCGGACGCGCCUGUUCGAGGCCAACCAGACCAUCGCCACCUCCGGCGCCUACGACUGGGAGUUCUUCACGGUGGGGCCCUACUCCUUCUUGGUGGUGGCCAACGCCUUCAACGGCACGUCCACCAAGGUGCACUCCCACCUGUACGUCUGGCUGGUCGGCUCCUUCCGGCUCUUCCAGUCUUUCCUGACAUUUGGCGCCGCGGACUGGGAAGUCUUCCAUAUUGGAGACAGGAUCUUUCUCGCUGUUGCCAACAGUCACAGCUACGAUGUGGAAAUGCAAGUGCAAAAUGACUCCUACGUCAUCAACUCGGUCAUCUACGAGCUGAACAUCACCGCGCAGACAUUCGUCAAGUUCCAGGAGAUCCCGACCUGCAGCGCCCUGGAUUGGGAGUUCUUCUCAGUGGGCGAAGAUUACUUCUUGGUGGUUGCCAACUCCUUUGACGGAAAUACCUUCUCAGUAAACAGUAUUAUUUACAGGUGGCAGGGGUACGAAGGCUUCGUGGCUGUGCACAGCCUCCCGACCUUCGGCUGCCGGGACUGGGAGACCUUCCGCACCACGGCCGGCUCCUACCUCGUCUACUCCAGCGCCAAGGAGCCCCUCUCCCGGGUGCUGAAGCUCAGGACAGGGUGACGGGCCUGGCCCCCGGGAACAGGACCCACCUCACUGCACCCCGGAGCCCCCCGAGAAGCCUGGGACCUCUGGGGAGAUGCUCCUCGCCUCCAGAGCUGCCGUCUCGCUGUCCUGGCCCUCCCCCAACUGGAGACGUCGGUCACCUCUCUGGCCUGGUGCCCCGCGUGGACAGAUGCCGGCGGCUCGUGGGUGUUCUCCCGGAAACCAGAGCUGCCCUGAGGGGGUGUCGCUUUACAGGAAAGUUCAUACAACUGUUUACCUCACACUCAGAAGCCGGUCACCUUCCCUGCAGCGUCAGUUUGGGGCCUGGCCACGCGGCCCUGGUUGUCGAGCCCAGACGGGGAGCAGGCGUGAGGCUGUCCUACACGUUCAUGCAGCUAUUUAUUGUACGUUGUCUACACUGAAAUAUAUUUAUGACUCUUUACACAGA